AUUACUAUAAUAUCCACAAAAACCACUCUCUAAUCAUAAUGUCACGUGUGUCCAGUCCAUAUUGUCAACGGAAUCCUAUCAAUCAAGUUUCAAUUUAACCAACAAUAUGUCUGUGACUCAAAUUUAUAUGCAUUAUGUGUUGUUGUUAGCUAGGGGUUAUCGGCCGAGAGUGAGGGGGGAGUCAGCUCUCUCUCUCCAAAUGCUCUCACGUGGCCGCAUGCAUAUAUUUACAGCCAGGGAAGUCCCACUCACUGCCUUCUCAUGGCGGGGGUGUUAUUUACCAAAAUUGAGAGCACGAAAAGCGAAUAUCCGGCGCUUUAACCGGGUCAGUGGAUAUGGAGAAUCCACCUAGGAGAGUUGGAAAACGCUGAUUCCAAACCAAUGGUGCACAUGAGUUCCAGUAUCCUGAAAGAAAAAAUUGUGUAUGACCCUAUUGUUUGUCACUGGCUACCAUGAAACUACAUCUCCUAACUUUGCUCCACUGCCUUGUGGAUGAAACCUUUAGGUAAAACAUUCGGAAUGUGGUUACCCGUAAGAAAACCAUCUACUUCUGUUUGGACAUCCGGGAAAUAUCCCAGCCCUCACAUAAAUCGAAUGAUUUCUGUCUCGCAUAUCUAUUUGAUGCCUCCUUACACCAAUGUUUAUGUGUUUAAAUAAAUAAGUAAAUAAAUGUUUCAUACAAACUGAAACUCGUCAUCGAGAGGGUACUUACAAUCUUUAGGAAACCGAAUCACUCAGUUCCAUAGUAAUAACUUUUGACCUUUUCUUGUUGUUGUUACUUUCUACAUCAUCUAUAUAUAUAUAUAUAUAUAUAUAUAUAUAUAUAUAUAUAUAUAUAUAUAUAUAUAUGUACUCUUUUAAUCAUAGAUGUUAAUCCGGAAAUAUUUAGAUCAAAAUGCUCCAUCUCUACAAGAUUUUGAACAACUUAUAGAAUCAUAUAAAUUAGAAUAUGGUGUUAUACUAUUAAGAGAUUAUAAAAAAUUAUUAAAAAUUUAUAAUACUACUGAAAUGUCAUUAAAUGAAUUCAAGAUUCAUACAAAUUAUAUAUUACAAUAUAUAUGGGAAAAAUUACAUACUGGUCAUUGGAAAAAUGUUCAUAUUUGUUGGCGUAUAUUAUAUUCAUCUAUUAAAUUAUUAAUUGUAUUAUAUUAUUUAUAUAAAAGUAAUGAAUUUAAUAAUCAUGUUGAUGAUGAUGAUCCUAAUUCUUACCACCUUGAUCUUGAUCUUGAUCAUAAUCAUGAUCAUCAUCAUGAUCAUCAUAAUUCUUAUCAUCCUUUUAUAGAAUUAAUUAAAGAAUUAGAUCUUAGUUUAAUUAUGGGUUAUCCAAUAUUUAAUCAAUUCGCAUCAAAAUUAGCUUCAAAAUUACAUCAUAUAAUUAUGAUGAAAACAAAAUUAUGUAAUGAAGAUUAUUUAUCAUCUAGAUUAUUUCAAUUAGAUAAUCAUGAUCAUAAUGAUAAUGAUCAUGAUAAUAUAGAUCGAUUCAUUCAGAUCAAUGAAGAGAUCAAAAUCAAUCUGAAUAAGUUAGAUCGUAUUAAUUGUCCAAGUAUUGAAUUAUUUAAUCAUUUAAUUAAAUUAAAUAAACCAUUUAUUAUAACAAAUGCAAUAAAUUUUUGGCCAGCAUAUAAUAAUAAUAAUAAUAAUAAUAAUAAUCAUAUAAAUAAUAAAUGUAAAUGGACAUUAAAUUAUUGGUUAAUUAAUUAUGGUUAUCGUUUAGUACCUAUAGAAAUUGGUAAAAAAUAUACAGAAGAGAAUUGGGGACAAAAAUUAAUGACAAUUAAUGAUUUUAUUAAUUAUUAUUUUAAUCCAUCAAUAAUCAAUAAUAAUCAUAAUGAAAAUACAAUCAAAAUAGGUUAUUUAGCACAAUAUGAUAUAUUUAAACAAAUACCAGAAUUAGAAAAUGAUAUAUAUAUACCAGAUUAUUGUUAUGUAACUGGGGAAAAUGAACAAAUAAAUAAUAAUGAUAUAAAUACCAUAGAAACUAAUAUAUGGUUUGGUCCAAAAAAUACAAUAUCCCCAUUACAUCAUGAUAAUGAUCGAGCUAAUUUAUUAACACAAAUUAAUGGUUAUAAAUUAAUUAUAUUAUAUUCAUCAUUAGAAACAAAUAAUUUAUAUCCAUAUUUUGAUAAUAUGUUAUGUAAUACAUCUAGAAUAGAUUUAGAUAAUAAUAUUGAUUUUAAUAAAUUUCCUAAAUUUAAAAAUGCUCAUGGUUAUUAUAGUAUACUUAAGCAUGGUGAAAUGUUAUAUAUACCACCACGUUGUUGGCAUUAUGUACGUUCAUUAACAGCUAGUUAUUCAGUGAAUUUUUGGUGGAAUAUUUCAUCAUCAUUAAUACCUGCUUGGGAAUAAUUAUUGUUAUUACUAAGUAAGAUUUGUCUAUUGUAAAAUAAACUGAUUUUUUUUUUCUUUUGAAAAAUAAAAAUAUAGAUAUAUGA